CAAGAAUUCAAAUAAAAAAUUGAAGUUGAACCGUUUUCAAACAGGAAAACCUAGAACUUUGUGGGGCGCGCUUCAAAUUAGAGUCUAAGAUUCGCCCGGUUCAAGAAAAAAAUACUAUGAUGUCAGCCUAACAGGAAAACUCUUGCAGAAUCCAUAAAAACCGACUGGAAAUGAUUGCGACCUUCAACAACCUUUUGUUAUCAGCUGACAUUUGUAGUGGGAGGAUUAUGAUCUGGUAUUAUGGAUUCGCUACAUUGCAACAAAAAGACUGCCCUGACAACUUUGUCAAAUGUGAAAGUGGAGAUUGCAUCAAUUUCUCUGAUGUAUGUGAUGGCACAGAAAAUUGCAAAGAUGGCUCGGACGAGUUUCACGCUAUAUGCCGUAAUCUGAAUAAGUACAAUGUGAAAGGCACUUUUAGGUGCGCUUAUGGUGCGCUCAUCGAGGGUGAACGCAGGUGCGACGGCAUUCAAGACUGCGCCGAUAAUUCCGACGAACUGCUGGAUGAUUGUCCUGGCUCCACAUGGCCUAACAAACAAGGCUCCCAGUCUUGCAACGGGAAUUUCCAAUGUCGUAGUGGUGAAUGCAUUUCGAUGCGUUUUAGCUGUGAUGGAGAAGUGCAUUGUAGCGAUGGAUCGGAUGAGAGCAUCGAGGCAUGUUAUAGCUUCAGAUGCCCAGAAAAUUCGUUCCGAUGUGCAUAUGGAGGUUGCAUCCUAAAUACAGGAAUGUGUGAUGGCAAAAACAACUGCGCCGACGGCUCUGAUGAACAUUAUCUCCUAUGCAACCGUACUAAAGAAAAAUUUUGUACAGUUCCUUCGAUAGAAGGCCUAUCAUUCAGAUGCAAGGACAAUGAAGACAGCGCCAGUUGUGUUCUAAGGCCUGGAAGUCUGGUCAAGGAGCCGGACAUUGUGAAUUUCCACUGUGAGAAGGGAUUUGGCACAAAUGUAGGGUUUCCCUCUCUCUUCUGCUAUAACUCCACCUGGAAUGGUCAAUCAGAUCUGCACUCUCUAUGUUUACGUGCCUGUCCCCCGUUGAAAUCGAAAAGCACUGAUUUCCAUUGCAUACAGGCGGGCAAAACACGUGACUGCAGCACCAGCCUGCCGGGAACGUUGGUGACGGCGCGCUGCAAAGAGGGCUACAGCUACACUGGCAUAAAGGCGGCGUCUGCUCCAAAUCGACAGUUCCAGUGUCUGCCCAAUGCGCAAUGGGAACCAUUCAACCUUCCCUGUGAGAAGAAUUGUGGAAUACUCGAUCCUACAUUAGCAGCAAAAAAUGACGAAGCAAGUUUAGUCGCUAGAAACCCAUGGAAUGUUGGAAUUUAUUUAAAAUUUCAAGGAAAAUAUGAGCAGUUCUGCAGUGGUACACUGAUCUCACCGAGCAAAGUUCUCACAGCCGCCAGUUGUAUUGUUCAUCCAAUACGAGAGGAAUCAUUCAGGCAAAAGAAGAAAAUGAGAAUCGCAUUAGGAAAACAUCACAACAGUUUUCAACACUCGCAUGACAAGAAUUAUCAGAUAAGAGAGAUUGCCGAAUUAAUAAAGCCAGACAACUAUCUGGGCAGCUCGAAUCAUUACUACAAUGAUGUUGCUAUCAUUAAGUUAGCUUCUGAAGUGGAAAUAAGCAGCAGUGUCAUGCCAAUCUGUGUCGACAAGGGCCCAUUAUACAAGCUUUCAUCCAAUGUACAUGGUUCUAUAGUGGGCUGGCAUUUGCGUAGUGGUUCAUCUAGCAGCAUCUUGGACCAGACGCGGUGCACGUUGACAGAUGACGCAGAUCGCAGACUGAAGUCAGGCCGAAUGCCAUAUGUGCCUCGCGACGAAUGCGAGAAAUAUCUAACUUCGUUUUUGAAUUUCGAUAAAUUUUGUGCGUUCUCUCCCACUGGCACAGACGUGACUUCUGUAUGCAACCGAGACAGUGGAGCAGGCCUAACUUUCAAUUUCAACGGUGUGCAUUACAUUUAUGGAAUUGUCACCACUCUUGUCAACUCCUCCAACAUAAGGAACACCAAUAAUUUUAUCAGCACGUUCACUGAUUUGACCGAUAGCGGAAACUUGAAGUUUGUACUCGAUAACCUCUAGAAGUGGGAAAAGACUGAAACGAAGUAGAUUGUAUAGUGAGGUCCACGUUAUAAUGGCAGUGUAGGAAAAUAGGAGAAAAGGGUUGCCAGAUCCCAGCCUUGCCACCCAAACAGCUGAUACUGGUAUAUCUGAUGAAUUUAACUGUUCAUUAUUGUUGAAGAAUACUUACUUACUACUUACUCCUUGGCACUACAGCUCAUUCAGAGCCUUGACCUCCUUCAAAAAACCUCUCCAUUCUUCUCUAUCGGCAGCCUUACGUCUCCAUCCCCUGACACCCAGUUUCCUAAUGUCGUCCUCCACAUCCUCCAGCCAACGCUUUCUCGGAAGUCCUCUCAGCUUUCUCCCUCCUGGGUUGUUCCUGAAGACCUUUUUUACAAUUCUUGAGUCACUCAUCCUCUCAACGUGUCCCAGCCAACUCAAAGCCUCAGUUUGAUCUCGUCAACAAUUUGACAUUUUGACAGAAUAGUUAAUCAUAUUUUAUUUGUCUAGAAAAUAUAUUUCUUAAAGAUGUAAUAAUAAAUUUUCAUGAUUGAGAUAAAAUAUUUUGUCAAUUAAUGAAUUUCUACAUUGUUGAUAAACGAUGUGGCAACAUCGCAAUGCGUGAAAGAGAUAGUGCCAUAUGCUUUGUUAAACGAUAGACAAGGAUAGAAACACCAUUGCAAAUCACACACUGCCAUUAUAACGUGGACCUCACUAUAGCACUAAAUAAAGAAGUAAGCUCUGUGAAGCUGGGCCCCACCCAGUUGAGCACAUUUUUUGUUGAUAGAACCAAAAAAUUGGUUCAACAUUUUUUGUUGAUAGAACCUUAUCUUUAGCAUCACGGAGCUAAAUAAGUACUAAUUACUUUUUUUGAAAGAGGAAAGAUUGAAGUUGUUUAUUACUUUUUAAUUGUAGGUAAGGUGAUCUCUUGAUUGUUGGUUUGUAUUGUGCCAUAGAAAUAAAGUGGGUUGAAAGGAAGUCUAGUAAUCGCUAUAGAAAUGAAGGCAUCAGAAUGAAAACCAGAUAUCAA